AUGUUGUCGCGCAGCUCUGCCAAGUCGGCGCAGAGCCUUCUGCGAACCGCCCAAGCUCCGUUGCGUUCCGCCCAACCCCUGCGAACCUUUGCGACGGUCCAAUCCGAUAUCUUCAAGCCCACAAAGUAUGGUGGAAAGUACACGGUUACUCUGAUCCCUGGUGAUGGUAUCGGAGCUGAGGUUGCGGAGUCUGUGAAGACCAUCUUCAAGGCGGACAACGUGCCAGUUGAGUGGGAACAAGUCGAUGUCUCGGGUGUAGAGACUGGAGGAAAGCUUUCAGAGGAUCUUUUCCGCGAGUCAAUUGCUUCCUUGAAGAGGAAUAAGCUUGGAUUGAAGGGUAUCCUCCACACGCCCAUCGAGCGAUCCGGCCACCAGUCUUUCAACGUAGCUAUGCGUCAAGAGCUCGACAUCUACGCGUCGAUCGUCCUUAUUAAGAACAUUCCUGGUUACAAGACCCGCCACGAAAAUGUCGACCUCUGCAUUAUCCGUGAAAACACCGAGGGAGAGUACUCUGGCCUCGAGCACCAAUCUGUACCAGGUGUCGUCGAGUCUCUCAAGAUCAUCACCCGUGCCAAGUCAGAACGUAUUGCCAAGUUCGCAUUCAGUUUCGCUCUUGCCAACAACCGCAAGAAGGUCACCUGUAUCCACAAGGCGAACAUCAUGAAGCUCGCAGAUGGUCUCUUCCGCAACACCUUCAAUGCUGUCGCCAAGGAGUACCCCACUCUGGAGACCAACGAUAUGAUUGUUGACAACGCUUCCAUGCAGUGUGUCUCGCGACCACAGCAAUUCGAUGUUAUGGUUAUGCCCAACUUGUACGGAGGAAUCUUGUCCAACGUCGGAGCUGCGCUUGUGGGAGGACCAGGUGUCGUUCCCGGUUGCAACAUGGGUCGUGAUGUCGCUAUUUUCGAGCCUGGUUGCCGUCACGUUGGUCUGGAUAUCAAGGGCAAGGACCAGGCUAACCCAACUGCCAUGAUCCUCUCCGGAUCUAUGCUUUUGAGACAUCUUGGUCUUGACGAGCAUGCUAACCGCAUCUCCAAGGCCGUUUACGAUGUAAUUGCUGAUGGAAAUGUCCGAACACGCGAUAUGGGAGGAGAGAGCUCAACACACCAAUUCACAAGGGCAGUCUUGGACAAGAUGGAGUUGGCAGGAUAA